ACAAAUAUACUAGUAUUUAACAAAAAUCUCCAUUUUUCUAGAAUUACAAAGCAUGUUGCGAUGGACUGUGAAUUUGUCGGUGUUGGUAAAGAAGCUUCAGAACAUAUGUUGGCGAGGGUUUCAAUAGUAAACAUGGACUGUGAAGUUCUUUAUGACAAAUAUGUUGGUGCACAAGAAAGAGUUGUGGAUUACAGAACUCACGUCAGUGGCAUUAGACCUUUCCAUUUAAGAAAUGGUUAGUUACUUCACACACUAUAUGAAAUACAAAUAAUUAUUAAAGUGGCAGUUAAAUCCAUUCUAUUUCGAUCUAUGGGCCCACACAUUACCGCAUUUCACAUGCACUCACGAAAAUAAAAUUGAGCUGCUGAAGAUAAAAUUUUCCGAAAGAAUACAUUUCAAAAAGGAUAUAUGCCGUCCGCUGCGUUCCGAUAUCGUUCACUUUCAUUUAGCAUGUCUUAGAUGUGAAAUAUUUUUACGGGAACUAACACUUUGAAGCACGUUGAGUUCAAAUCCGAAAAGUUCUCGCUCCGUAGACCCGUAGUUUUCUCACAAACUGCUAUUUUAUCUUGUUCAACGACACGGAUCGACGACGAUACACGAUUAUGUCACUCAAAAGGACCAAUUAGCCUUUCUCACGCCGCCAUUUUUGUGGUACUGUAAUUUUUCGUAAACGAUUAUAACAAAGUGAAAAGCUAUAUUUCAGAACAAACUAACUAUUUACAGAGUAAAUUUACCAUCAUACACCCACAAAAUUAUAAAAUGUCGCCUUUACGUGGUGUUACGCUCGCAGGAUUGGCAAAAGAGUACCCCCAAAAAUGGCGGCGUGAGAAAGACUAAUUUCUCUUAACCAUUCUUCUUUUUAACAAAAGACCGGUUUUGCUCGAAUCAUUUUGAUUUUGAGUUAUUUAAUCUUAUGCGUGUUGGACGUAAACAUGCAACAUAGCUUGUCUACAACUUUGAGCAGGCACAGAUAACAGCUUUUAAAAUCCUCAGUUCUAGCGAUAUCUCUAUAGAAUCGCAAGGAAGUUUAUGCUAAGUCUUUUGGCUAUGUCACUGGCCUGGAAAAUAACUCUUUUAACGUGAUCAAAGUAUUUAAAACAAAAGUAACGCGAAGCCAACGUAACAGCAAAAACAACGCUAAAAUCAAAUAUUGCCGAUUGGUUUCUGGUAGAAGACUUACGGCAGGAUCAAUCUUAAAUAACCUUAAACUAUAAGAAUAAAUGUUCACAUCAAAGAUAAAGAUCAGUCCCAAAGUAUAAAUUCUGCUCUGUAAACCUACGACGAAGUGGAGAAAUGUGUGCAUGAGCCUCUCUCCUCCACAGAGGUUUACAUGAAGUUUCUAGUGAGGGAAAAGUGAGCGCGCAAGGAGUGAUGGGAAGAGCUAAAUAAAGGAAGCCUCUGCGAGUUAAUGCAAUCAAUAUGGCGUCGUAUUCGAAAGUCCAACACGAAUUAUAUAACAUAACUCAAAAUAAUUCGAGCAACACCGAUCUUUUGUUAAAAGGCAGAAUGGUUAAUAGAAAUUGGUCCUUUUGAGUGACAUAAUCGUGUAUCGUCAUCGUGUAUCGCGUGUGUUGAACAAUGAAAAAACUUGCUGUGAAAUUAGUGAAGAUAAAAUAGCAGUUUGUGAGAAAACUGUGGGUCUACGGAGCGGGAACUUUUCGGAUUUGGACUCAUCGUGUUCGAAAGUGUUAGUUCCCGUAAAAAUAUUUCAGAUCUAAGACAUGCUGAAUGAAAAUCGUUUUCUAGGCACUUUUCGAGGUCACGACACACGGACUAAGACGGACAACUUGAUUUGUUCAGAAUUGAAUAAGGAACAUGCAUAGUUCAGUCCAUUAUAUUAUUCAUUAGGUUUCAUGGCCGUUUUUGGUGACGGGCGCUUUGCCCGCGCGGGAUGAGAACGACCUAUGUACAAGCAACAUGACGUGUACGAGAGGGUUUAAUCGUGCUAACGGAUGCUAAAGCGUAUGCCGUAUGAUGUAAAUUGCAUCAUCUUUCUAUAGCAUAGUCCACAGAGAAAAGUGACUCGAAAUUUGUCCAAUAUAAUCCACCUUUACUGCGACGGAUAAUAUGACACUGCCAGGUAAGCAAACUUGCACAUUUUCAGACAACUUUUGUGGCGUACUGUAAAAGUAUAUACAAGUGCCGAAGUGCGCGAACUAAAAAGGGAAAUAAACAUACAAGAAAGAACGAAUCUGAGUUUUCGUAUGGGAAGUAAUUUAGACGUUGUCAGUGUUUCAUGCUCGUGCUUACUCGACAAAUAUUCAAAUCGCAAAGAGAUGUGUUUUAACACAUCUCAAUAUCAAACAAGGUCGAAGGAGAAUAACGGAACAGUGUCGAUUGUAGCUUUGUAAAUGUUAAAAGUUCAACUGGAAAGGACAGAAAUUCGGCAAUUUGGUAUAUAUAGACGCAAGUUGCCCAUUGUCUGGCAGUAACCUAUGUUUGUUCUUGCUAUCUUCUCUAUAUGUAAAUAGGUAAUUUCACGCCCCUCAUGGAAACCAGCCUUCCAACGGUUGUUGAGGCUGUCUUUGAUGAUCCACGUUGAAUGAAUGAAUGAAUGAAUGAAUGAAUGAAUGAAUGAAUGACUUCAUCUGAGUUGGCUGUAGCAAGUACAGGAUCGUGGAUUCAUAAUUUGCUGCUCUUAGUCCGUAUUUACCGAUAAAAUGAAACGCGCAAAUGUAGCUAGCUGUUUAUAAACUUGUCGCACCGACAGCAUGGGUUCAUCCAGAUAAUUUCCCUCUUUUCCUUCAAUUUCUUUUGCAAGCCAUAAAACAACACCGUUGUUGUGCCACUCUUAUAACAUUGCUGGACAUUCACAUUGUGAGUCAAAUACAUGUAAAGCAUAUCUCUUUGCCAUUUGAAUAUUUACGGCGCAGAAUAUUAUAAUGUCUGUACGUCUGACGUGAUAAAUCAUAUGCUAAUUUUUUUGUCGAUAUGACCAAACAUGAUUGUCAUUCGCUAGAUGGCGUUGACAAUGUCUUUUAUGAUUUUCUGCCUUUUUAGUGCGCCCACGGUGUAUAUAUUUUUACUAGCGGAAUACAAAAAAUGUCCGAAAAUUUGCAAAUUUGCUCACGUGGCAGGGUCAUAUUACUCAUCAAAGUAAAGGUGGAUUCUGGCUUAUGGGGUUAUGUGUGCAUGAUUGUACGUCUAUUCCUUCGUAUGAAUGCGUGUAAAACUUAGAAGAUCUUGAUUUAAAUUUGAAUUGUCUGUUUUCACAGCUCCAGAAUUUACUGAUGUUCAAAAAGAUGUUGCUUCGUUAAUCAAAGAUAGAAUUCUGAUUGGUCACUCUAUCUCUACUGACUUAAAGGUAUGUGUAAAGUAAUGUAAAUAGCGAGUCUUUAGUGGUCUUUGUUUUUCUUUCUGGUGUUUUUGAAAAUGUAUAAAUUAUACUUAAUGUAUGUUUGGUAAGUUCGUAACAUCCAAACAAAUCUCAAUAAGGACAUUGAUGCUGUUCCUGAUUGGCUGGAUGAAAACGAAGACUGAAUCUCUUUUAUUUGGAACUGCAAAAAAAAUUAGUGAAUUUGAACGACUCAUUUGCUGUCUGUUACCCAGGUGAAACAAUAUCCAAGACCAAAGAAUGUAAAUACCUUGGGAUGGAAGUGAAUAGCAGUUUAAAUCUGAAUUCUCAUUUCGAGAAAAACUUUAAACGUGCGUCUGGUAGGCUGAGAUUGCUUGCAAAGUUAAGAGGCUGUCUUAACUUAAAAUCUGCUAAAGCAAUAUACCAAUCCAUGAUUUCACCCACUUUCACAUACUGUGGUAUGCUACAACUCAAAUUAAGCCCGACUCGGCUGAUUUCCACGACCGUGCUGUAAAAAUUGUAUCUCCUGGCAACAGUAUUCUUACAGACCUCCCCUCGGUAAUUCAAUUUAUUAUAUAAACAUAAGUGUUAUAUAGAGUUUUUGGCCACUGAGAAAAAUCGUAUUCAAACACACGUAAAAAAUACGAUAUUUUUACGUGUGAAAAUAUCAUUUGUUGCUUGGUUACAUGGUUACAUGGUUGCUUGGAAAUACCAGAUUUAUUUCUCGUGUUGAACAUGAUAUCGCACUCGUUCGCUGCGCUCACUCGUGAGAUAUCAUGUUCAACACUCGAAAUAAAUCUGGUAUUCCCGCGCACCCAUGUAUUAUUCUCUAUGUAAUCGUAAGAGAGCUUGUGAAAUCGUACGAAAAUGCCUUGUUAAGGACAUAAGUUCGCUUUUCCAUGAUUAUUUUACCAUCAAUAAUCAUCAGAAGAAAACGAGAAAUAAUGAUUGUCUGCUACGCUUCCCAAAAAUAAGAACUGCAGAAUGUGCGCGGAAGUCAUCCUUUUUCAUGGGUGCAAAAGUCUACAACGACCUGCCAGCUGAAAAACGGAAAACACCAGAACUUUCUUAAACUUUUAGAAGAUUAUUUUAAAUGUACUUUUUAACUUUUGAAGCCAUUUUAAUAUCCUAUAUUGUAACUUAUUUUAAAUAGUAUACAGUUAUAGUUAUAUUUUUAUGAACUUUACAGGACACGCGUUGAUACUCUUUUGCUGAAGUGUUUUAUCCUGUAUAAUAAUUCGUUUUAAUAAUAAUAAGUACAUUAUUUAUAUUCUUGCACGAAUUGCAAAUUAAGAUCGCCACGAAGCCUUUUUGGUUAAGAGUUUGUUUUUAGCGCUAUUAAGAGGACUGGUGUAUUGAUGAAUUUAUAUCGUAUAUUAAUUUCGUGUAAGUCUGCGGUGUGCAACAGAUGCGAAAACAAAUUUUAUGCUCCGUAAUUUGACUCGAAACCCACACUUUUACCAGCUAUUUUAACUUACAGUACAUUAAUUAACAUGAUGACAGUUAGGUACUUUCAAGUGUUGCAUUAUAAUUAGGAAGAACAUGUCGUGUCAUGUGAACUUUAAGGCAUUUUGACGAUUUGGUUAAAACAAUGAAAUUCUAACCAACUGUGCUAACGCAUGCAUAAGCAAAGAUCGGACGGUUAUAUUAACCAACGCAGAGGCGGUGCACUCAUAACAUUGCCAGAUAUAUUGCCUACAGUAGAUUUCCUACUGGAAAGACAAUUCCUAACGUAUCUGCAGAUCGCUUAGAGAUCAUUGCCAUCAAACUCGAAAUUAUUAAUUCAGAACUGUCUUCACGCGUUUGUUACCUACUGUAAAUGUGUGGUGCGUGAUUGACUGGGGUUGUUUACGCAUUUGAAACUCCACUCUUUCACAUGAUUCGUCAGAAGGAAUCCUGUGACAGAUUAAGCAACACUACUUUUAAAUUUAUUUGUUAUCGUAAUACUUCAUGUAAUAAUAUUAAAAAUAUAGACAAGUUUCAAAACAUGGCGCCCAACGUCACGGCAACGCGUCUUUAGUUUAUCGAAAAAGUUAUGUUUUAGCGGUAUGACCGAUCAAUUAGAAAGGAAAAAGGCUACCCGUCGUGGGAACAGAACAGUUAUAACGAAAUACAGUAACGAAGCGAAGGAAUUAUUGGCAACUGGAGAAAAUAUUAACGAAAAUACGAAGGAUCGUUUAAACACGAUCUUCUUGAGGAAAAAUUACAAGUAGUAAAGGAAUUCGACGAAGAAAUCUUACAGUUGUGCGAAGUUAAAGAAAUAGAAAACGAGAUUGAAAUAUCCGAGGAAUUAAAUUCACGAGUUCUUGAUGUUAAAAGACAAAUAUCCAAGUUUUUUGCGAACAAGAUCGACGAUACGGGAAAAGUACCUAUUCACGAUAUAUCUAAACCUGGUCCAAAUACCCCGCAAGUACAAAUAACAGAGGCAGGUGAAAUUUCCUCUGAAAUUAAUGUCAAUAAUGAAACAUUAAAGGAUUAGUGUCACACCAGGAAUUCGCGGGCUCAAACUCCUGCUGGCGGCCAUUCUUCGGGACGAAUAGAUUAAAUGAUCUGGAAAGUUUUUAUAAUCCGUCAUAUAUUUAAACCAUCCUUUUAUAAUCCUUGCUCUUUUUGUCUGAUUCAUCGCUAUUUGUUAUAUUUGAGUAAAAUGUAAACAAUAACAAAAGCCCGCAAUGCAUGACCCUGACACUAAUCCUUUAAACGAACAGGACAAUGUCAAUUCAACCCAAGAUAAUCCAGCACCCAGUAGUCAAUCAAGUGGAAAUUACGUCAUAGAUUAUGGUGCGAAAACAAAGCUUCCAAAGUUAACAUUACCCUGGUUUAGAAGAGAUAUUACAUUAUUUCAAAUGUUUUGGGAUAAUCUUGUAUGACGGAACUUUCUCUAAGCCGCAUUUUAGUAAUUCUGUGUUUGAAUAAUUAGACAAAUAAUAAUUAAUUAAUAAUUAGACAUUAUUAUAAUAAUUAAUACAAUACAAUACUACAAUACAAUACAAUAAUUUAAUGAACUCUCCCCAACGGGGCUUUUCGGAGCCAAUUAACAUUUACAAAAAAUUAUAAGAUAUACUAACAUGAAAUUCUAACUAACUAAUUACUGGUACUGUAUGGAUGUAAAAAUUGUUAAAGGCCAAAUGCUACUAUGAAUGAUUUCCUAAAAGAUAUUUACGUAAUUUAUCUUUAAAAAUGUUAACCUACAUUUAGGAAGUUCGUUCCAUAAGGAGACAGCACGGUAAUAGAAUGUCCGUUGGCCAGUUGCACUCCUGAAAAAGGAGAUGUUUAAAGAACUUGAGUUCCUCUUGCAACGUCCACUGAUGUCGACUCUCCUCACAAAUUGUUGAGACAAAGAUGAGUUAAUUAAUUUGAGUUAUACUCCGAAACGUAGUUAUUAAAAUAAUCUUUUUGUACUAAGCCUAUAUGGUCUAAUUAUUCAAACACAGAAUUAUUUUGGGAUAGUCUUCUUAUGCCAGUCAUAUGUCAAAGCUAACACCUAAGUUACGAAUCCAUGUUGCAAGAAAAACUACCAAUGAACUUUGGAAAACUGAUGAUAUUCUGAAAAUUAUUCAAAUGAACUGGAAGCACGUGAGAUCAGUGUGUGUGUUCGGAAAAACAAGUCUGGUUUUAAUGACAUUCGCAAGUAUGGAAACCAAAUCGACAGCGGAAUUACAGUUCAUCUGCGGCAAGCCUAUUCGUUAAAGAUGGGAAAAAUGAGCGAAAGAUAAAAUGUGUCUAUUUGUGGACAAUAUCAUUACUCAGCGUCGAGCGAACAUGUCAAAGGCGUGGAGGAUCGAAAGGACAUUUUAAGAGAUCAGAAACGUUGCUAUUUAUGUUUGCAAGGUGAUCAUUGUGCACAUGAAUGUGAAAAUGACACACUCUGUCGUUGGUGCAAUGGCAAACACCAUCAAUGUAUUGGCACUAAAGCUACCAAAACACUUCGAAAGAACAAUCCUGAAGAAACAACAAAACCAGAAGCGAAAGAGGAGAAAAAAGAAACAAAGAACCUCAACUACUACGUCCAACGGCUCAUCAAAGGUGUUUUUGCAAACUGCCACGACAUAAUUAUGCUUAUUCUUAACACAGCAACAGAGCUAUUCCUGUUCGAGUGUUUAGACAGACGCAACCAAUCAUCUGAAGAAACGACUUGGCCUCCAACCAGUAAAGAAAGAAACGCUUAA